UAUUCAUUCGCAGGCUAUUCCGGGCUCCCCUUUGAUCAAAUUCUAAGUGUCAGUGCUUUUAAUAUAUGUGGUGUGUGUAAUAAAUCUUUCACUCUCAAAGGAAAUUUAAAGAAGCAUUUGAAACUUCAUACUGGAGAACGUCCAUUUGUAUGUCCAGUAUGCAAAAAGCGUUUUACCCAAAAAGGAAACCUGAAGACCCAUUUGAGAUUUCACACUGGUGAACGUCCAUUUGUGUGUAAUGUUUGUGGCAAAAAGUUCACUCAGAGCUCCAACCUAUGGAAUCACAUUCUAAUAAGAAGACAUGAAACCUUCUUUGAACUGUGCUCUAGUUUUACCACAGCUGUCUCUAGAGGUCGUCCUGCUGUGCCACGUUCACAGCUUCUUGGUGAUAAUCCUUCAUUUGUUUGCGAAUUUUGCAAUAAAUCCUUCAGUCAGAAAAGCAAUUUGAAAACACAUGUAAAACUUCAUACUGGGGAGCGACCAUUUGUAUGUCCUAUAUGUAAAAAAUGCUUUGUUCAGAAAGGAAAUCUAAAAAUUCACAUGAGAUUUCACACUGGAGAACGCCCAUAUGUAUGUAAUGUAUGUGGCAAGAAAUUCAGUCAAAGUUCGAACUUACGUAUGCAUUUCAUAUCUCAUAAGAAAUAGUGUUAUUCUGAAAUUUAUUGCUUAAACAUACAAGAACAUUCUUGUAACUUUGCAUUUACUAAAAUCUUGCUGCUUUUUAAUGUUGAAAAAGCAUUCAAAUUUUUAUUUUAAGCAAUUUAGUAAUAAAAGUAUUUCCUUACUGUU